AUUAGGGAUAAAAGGGUUAUCAGUGUUUGUCUUGGAAAAGGAUGCAUAUGGUGCAUCAGUGUAUUAAGUGGACCAAAUCGCUGAAAAUUAAGGAAGUAAACAUAUCAAAUAUUUUACUGAUUAGAUGCUUCUGAAGGAAUACACUUUCGAUAGCAAGUGAUUAUUCCCACGGAAGAAGGGGCAGGAUUAAAUAGUUAUAUUAUCACAGAUUGUCUUUACUGUUUACACUUUGGCCUCUCAAUCUCUGACAGUUUGAUUCAAAGAUAAAACAUACGACGCCUUACAGAAACACACCAUUUUUUAGAGCAGACAGCAGUCUUUCGGAGCAUACGACAGUGACCUGCUGUAAAGCAGACGACAAAUCACAUCACACGAAGAAAGCAUUUGACCACAUUGACCAAUCUCUACUGGACAUUAAGCAGAACUCAUCCACAGCAAUACAAUUAAUAUUGCAGUAAUUAACCUUAUUUUCUUGGACACCUGCGAAGUUACCUAAGCAUGAUCGUGUGUUCUUGUAAACUUGGAGCGAGAUUAACAUAGACAGGAUGAGAUAACUAAAAAGGAUGAACUAGCUGAUGAAUUGGACUCCUAUCUACUUUUUUGACGGAAAGAAGGGAUUCACAUUUUACAGUAGAUCUUGUUCGACGAAGUUAAAAACAUUAGAAAAGUAAAUGAGGAUAGUCCCGAAGGAAACACAGAUGAGGCGUUUGGUCACGUGAAGUCUUCCAAAAAGAUGUACGGGUUACUGCUAGAAUCGGUUGAAAAUUACAUUAAAGAAACGUAUGGUGAAGAUGCCUGGGAGAGAAUUCGCAAAUUGGCCCGCGUGGAAACGAUGGCGUUUUCCACCCAUAAGAGGUACUCAGAAACAAUCAUACCAGACAUAGCUCGCGCAUGCUCUCUCGUUUUGGACAUAAAUGAAGAUGAUAUAAUGGACGCCUUCGGUGUGUCGUUUGUGAGUUUUGUUGGUCAGUAUGGAUACGAUAAAAUUCUGAGUGUUCUCGGUAGGAACAUGAGGGAUUUCUUAAAUGGACUAGACAAUCUCCAUGAAUAUUUACGAUUCAGUUAUCCAAAACUGAAACCGCCAUCAUUCUUUUGCACAAACGAAAGUACAAGCGGAUUGACACUUCAUUACAGAAGUAAGAGAAAGGGAUUCAUACACUAUGUGAAAGGACAAAUUCGACAAGUGGGAAAAUUGUUUUACAAAAUCGAAAUUGUCAUCGAUGUAGUCAGUGUAGAGAUUCAGGAGAGUACUACUCAUGUAGUAUUUAGGUUACAUUUUGAAAAUAACGCUUACAAAGAAGAAUUAGUGAAGCAGCAAGCAUUCGCUUCGAACACUCUUCCUUUGAACAGCGUGAUGUUUUUUAAUCUCUUUCCGUUUCAUAUUGUCUUCACUAGGAGUUUUGAAAUCAAAGGAAUUGGCUCAGGGAUCGCGGCAGUCUUCCCUUCAGCAAAAGGACAAAAACUUAAUACGUUAUUUACAUUGACCCGUCCACUCAUUGAUUUUAAAUGGGAUAAGAUUUUAGAACAUACAAACAACGUAUUUGAAUUGAAAUCUCACAAAUCACCCAAGAGAUCAGGGUGCCCUUUUGAAGAAAUUGCGAGAGAGGCAUUUAAAAAGGGCGCGAAAGAGGAAAAGAAAGAACGCUCUAUGAGCAGCUCCGACACACUUAGUAGUAAUGGGACAGAACAAGAGGAGACCAGAAAGGACAGUAUAGAGAAGGAAUCCUCAGACGAAGACGACGGACAUUGCAUUCACCUGAAGGGUCAGAUGAUGUACAUGAUGGAGUGGGAGUGCAUUAUAUUCUUAGCCACGCCCAUAUUGGAAGACCCUGAUGCAAUGUUCAGGACUGGCUUGUAUAUCAAUGAUCUCAGUAUGCACGACUCCAGUCGCGAUCUGGUACUGGCGGGGACCCAGCAGUCAGCAGAACUUAAACUGGCUCUGGAUCAGGAACAACAGAAAAGCAAGAUUCUAGAAGAGAGUAUGAAGAAACUAGACGCCGAGAUGAAGAGAACGGACUCGCUCCUCUACCAGAUGAUACCAAAACCAGUGGCGGAUCGACUGAGGCGGGGCGAGCCUGCAAUUACGACAUGUCAGGUUUUCGACAAUGUAACGAUUCUGUUCAGUGAUGUGGUCGGCUUCACGUCCAUUUGCAGUCAAAUUUCACCAAUGGAGGUUGUAUGCAUGCUGAAUGCCAUGUACACAAAGUUCGACCAACUCAGCGAGCGUCACGGGGUCUAUAAGGUGGAGACAAUUGGUGACGCCUAUAUGGUCGUGUCCGGCGCCCCGGAGAUAACGCCCUACCACGCCCUUAACAUCUGUAACAUGGCCCUAGACAUGAUAUCCUCAAUGGUGGAACUGUCCGAUCCCUCCACUGGGGGACACAUGAGAAUUCGUGUCGGAAUACACAGCGGGACGACGGUUGCAGGGGUGGUGGGGAUAAAGAUGCCUCGGUAUUGUUUGUUUGGGGACACCGUCAACACAGCAUCAAGGAUGGAGACUAAUGGAGAGGCUAUGAAGAUCCACAUCAGUCAAACCACCUGGGAUCACAUCAAAGACCACCCAUAUAAAGUGGAAGAACGUGGAUCCAUCCCCAUUAAGGGAAAAGGAAGUAUGAAAUCCUAUUGGUUGCUUUAUUUAGAUGCAAACGACGACGCUUUGCCAAAAUCUGUUACGAACACUCCAAAAAGGGAAUUGAAAAACACCCCGUCACUGGACAAUAGAAGUCUCUACUCUCCUAUAUCCUUUGAUGAUAUUCCAAGAAAGCGGUCCAUGGAUGCCUCUCUAGAUAUCAUCAAACAAAACGAACGAAACAAUUCACUCGAAUUGUCAUCCCAUGGUAAGAGGAAUGGUUCUCUGGAUAUGGUGACUUCUCCUUUUCGUGGAGUGGAUAAACAGGGGAAUUAUUCACCGCAGGGAGACAGACAGUUUAACUUCACUAAACCUUCCCCCGACAUCCAUAACGGUGACAGUCCAAAGGUUAAAUUUACAACGGAGAAUAACCACGGGUUAAGAGGAAACGGAAAAGGUUUUCUCGGAGAGGAGAAAAGUUCCUUGUGUCAAAUUUUGUGAAUAUUUAGAAACGAUUUAUCGCAAAGAACUGGAAAAAAUCCACAUAAUGUGUUCCCUUCCAAAACUCUUUAAUUUUGUGCGUGCCGUCUAUCAUAUGAAAACGAUAUUUCUUUUGGAAGUCAAAUGCUCACAGUCCUUUUGUUGUUUUAAUCAUCUGUGAUAUCUCUUCUCUCCAUUUCGUUUCGAUCCUUUCGUUUGAAUAUAUCAUGUAUACAUGUGUAUUUUGAAAUGGAGAGAGAAAAAUUAAUAGUAUCCUAAAUAAAUUCCUUAAUGUUUUUU